UUCUCCAACCGUCUGAUGACUUCUACAAUAUUUCUUUCACAGCUUCUGAAUCCGGGUGAAGAUCUGAACAAUAUUAAUCCUACAGAGACAUAUGUGAGGGGUGAUGAGCAGAGUACAGAGGACAUUCCUACAGAUAACCGCCCAGAUGACUGUACCAGGAACUUAGAGAAACAUCUGGUAUCUUCAGAUUUUGAAGUAGAUGAUCGUGGUAUCAUACAAGAUAUAUAUGAAGAGCAUGCCAAUAUCCAAGAUAUACCCUUAUCCAAUCACAGCAACAAUGCAUCAUUUGAUUCUUUUAAACAGGUCCGAUCUUCUGAUUCAUCACAAACUGUGACACAGAAUAAAAGUUACAGAAAAGGUGUUAAACAUCCAACAGCUCAUGAAAGAGAGAAAAUAUUUUCAUGUUCAGAAUGUGGAAAAUGUUUUAGAUUUAAAUCUAAGAUUGUUACUCAUCAGAGAAGUCACACAGGAGAGAGGUCAUUUUCAUGCUCAGAAUGUGGGAAAUGUUUUAAGCAUAAAUCAGCUCUUGUUACACAUCAGAGAAUUCACACAGGGGAGAAGCCAUUUUCAUGUUCAGAAUGUGGUGAAUGUUUUAAGCAGGAAUCACAUCUUGUUGUACAUCAGAUAAUUCACACAGAAGAGAAGCCAUUUUCAUGCUCAGAAUGUGGAAAAUGUUUUAAGCAUAAAUCAGCUAUUAUUAUACAUCAGAGAAUUCACACAGGGGCAAAGCCAUUUUCAUGCUCAGAAUGUGGGAAAUGUUUUCAGCAUAAAUUAGCUCUUAUUACACAUCAGAGAAUUCACACAGGGGAGAAGCCAUUUUCAUGCUCAGAAUGUGGGAAAUGUUUUAACCUGAAAUCAAAUCUUGUUAUACAUCAGAGAAUUCACACAGGAGAGAAGCCAUUUUCAUGCUCAGAAUGUGGGAAAUGUUUUAAGCAUAAAUCAGCUCUUGUUAAACAUCAGAGAAUUCACACAGGGGAGAAGUCAUUUUCAUGCUCAGAAUGUGGGAAAUGUUUUAACAUGAAAUCAAAUCUUGUUACACAUCAGAUAAUUCACACAGGAGAGAAGCCAUUUUUUUGCUCAGAAUGUGGGAAAUGUUUUAAGCAUAAAUCAGCUCUUGUUACACAUCAGAGAAUUCACACAGGGGAGAAGCCAUUUUCAUGCCUAGAAUGUGGAAAAUGUUUUAACAUGAAAUCAAAUCUUGUUACACAUCAGAUAAUUCACACAGGAGAGAAGCCAUUUUCAUGCUCAGAAUGUGGGAAAUGUUUUAAGCAUAAAUCAUCUCUUGUUACACAUCAGAUAAUUCACACAGGAGAGAAGCCAUUUUCAUGCUCAGAAUGUGGGAAAUGUUUUAAGCAUAAAUCAGCUCUUGUUACACAUCAGAGAAUUCACACAGGGGAGAAGCCAUUUUCAUGUUCAGAAUGUGGUGAAUGUUUUAAGCAGGAAUCAAAUCUUGUUGUACAUCAGAGAAAUCACACAGGAGAGAAGCCAUUUUCAUGUUCAGAAUGUGGGAAAUGUUUUAACCAGAAAUCGGUUCUUGUUACACAUCAUAAAAUUCACUCAGGGGAGAAGCCAUUUUCAUGUUCAGAAUGUGGGAAAUGUUUCAAGUGUAAACGGCAUCUUGUUAUACAUCAAAGAAUUCACACAGGGGAAAAGCCAUUUUCAUGUACAGAAUGUGGUAGAUGUUUUAGGCAUGAAUCAGCUCUUGUUACACAUCAGAGAAUUCACACAGGAGAGAAGCCAUUUUCAUGUUCAGAAUGUGGUAGAUGUUUUAAGCAUAAAUCAUAUCUUGUUAUACAUCAGAGAAUUCACACAGGAGAGAAGCCAUUUUCAUGUUCAGAAUGUGGUAGAUGUUUUAACCGUAAAUCAUAUCUUGUUAUACAUCAGAGAAUUCACACAGGAGAGAAGCCAUUUCCAUGUUCAGAAUGUGGGAAAUGUUUUAACCGGAAAUCAGUACUUGUUAUACAUCAGAGAAUUCACACAGGAGAGAAGCCAUUUCCAUGUUCAGAAUGUGGGAAAUGUUUUAACCAGAAAUCACAUAAAUCAGCUCUUGUUACACAUCAGAUAAUUCACACAGGGGAGAAGCCAUUUUCAUGCUCAGAAUGUGGAAAAUGUUUUAACAUGAAAUCAAAUCUUGUUACACAUCAGAUAAUUCACACAGGAGAGAAGCCAUUUUCAUGCUCAGAAUGUGGGAAAUGUUUUAAGCAUAAAUCAACUCUUGUUACACAUCAGAGAAUUCACACAGGAGAGAAGCCAUUUUCAUGCUCAGAAUGUGGGAAAUGUUUUAAGCAUAAAUCAGCUCUUGUUACACAUCAGAUAAUUCACACAGGAGAGAAGCCAUUUUCAUGCUCAGAAUGUGGGAAAUGUUUUAAGCAUAAAUCAGCUCUUGUUACACAUCAGAGAAUUCACACAGGGGAGAAGCCAUUUUCAUGUUCAGAAUGUGGUGAAUGUUUUAAGCAGGAAUCACAUCUUGUUGUACAUCAGAGAAAUCACACAGGAGAGAAGCCAUUUUCAUGUUCAGAAUGUGGGAAAUGUUUUAAGCAAAAAUCAGCUCUUGUUGUACAUCUGAGAAAUCACACAGGAGAGAAGACAUUUUCAUGUUCAGAAUGUGGGAAAUGUUUUAACCAGAAAUUGGCUAUUAUUAUACAUCAGAGAAUUCACACAGGGGCGAAGCCAUUUUCAUGCUCAAAAUGUGGGAAAUGUUUUAAGCAUAAAUCAGCUCUUGUUACACAUCAGAGAAUUCACACAGGGGAGAAGCCAUUUUCAUGCUCAGAAUGUGGGAAAUGUUUUAACAUGAAAUCAAAUCUUGUUACACAUCAGAUAAUUCACACAGGAGAGAAGCCAUUUUCAUGCUCAGAAUGUGGGAAAUGUUUUAAGCAUAAAUCAGCUCUUGUUACACAUCAGAGAAUUCACACAGGGGAGAAGCCAUUUUCAUGCUCAGAAUGUGGAAAAUGUUUUAACAUGAAAUCAAAUCUUGUUACACAUCAGAUAAUUCACACAGGAGAGAAGCCAUUUUCAUGCUCAGAAUGUGGGAAAUGUUUUAAGCAUAAAUCAGCUCUUGUUACACAUCAGAUAAUUCACACAGGGGAGAAGCCAUUUUCAUGCUCAGAAUGUGGAAAAUGUUUUAACAUGAAAUCAAAUCUUGUUACACAUCAGAUAAUUCACACAGGAGAGAAGCCAUUUUCAUGCUCAGAAUGUGGUAAAUGUUUUAAGCAUAAAUCAGCUCUUGUUACACAUCAGAUAAUUCACACAGGAGAGAAGCCAUUUUCAUGCUCAGAAUGUGGGAAAUGUUUUAAGCAUAAAUCAGCUCUUGUUACACAUCAGAGAAUUCACACAGGGGAGAAGCCAUUUUCAUGUUCAGAAUGUGGUGAAUGUUUUAAGCAGGAAUCACAUCUUGUUGUACAUCAGAGAAAUCACACAGGAGAGAAGCCAUUUUCAUGUUCAGAAUGUGGGAAAUGUUUUAAGCAAAAAUCAGCUCUUGUUGUACAUCUGAGAAAUCACACAGGAGAGAAGCCAUUUUCAUGCUCAGAAUGUGGGAAAUGUUUUAACACGAAAUCACAUCUUGUUACACAUCAGAGAAUUCACACAGGGGAGAAGCCAUUUUCAUGUUCAGAAUGUGGUGAAUGUUUUAAGCAGGAAUCACAUCUUGUUGUACAUCAGAAAAAUCACACAGCAGAGAAGCCAUUUUCAUGCUCAGAAUGUGGGAAAUGUUUUAAGCAUAAAUCAGCUAUUAUUAUACAUCAGAGAAUUCACACAGGGGCGAAGCCAUUUUCAUGCUCAGAAUGUGGGAAAUGUUUUAACAUUAAAUCAAAUCUUGUUACACAUCAGAGAAAUCACACAGGAGAGAAGCCAUUUUCAUGCUCAGAAUGUGGGAAAUGUUUUAAGCAUAAAGCAGCUCUUGUUACACAUCAGAGAAUUCACACAGGGGAGAAGCCAUUUUCAUGCUUAGAAUGUGGAAAAUGUUUUAACAUGAAAUCAAAUCUUGUUACACAUCAGAUAAUUCACACAGGAGAGAAGCCAUUUUCAUGCUCAGAAUGUGGGAAAUGUUUUAACGCGAAAUCAGCUCUUGUUACACAUCAGAUAAUUCACACAGGAGAGAAGCCAUUUUCAUGCUCAGAAUGUGGGAAAUGUUUUAAGCAUAAAUCAUCUCUUGUUACACAUCAGAUAAUUCACACAGGAGAGAAGCCAUUUUCAUGCUCAGAAUGUGGGAAAUGUUUUAAGCAUAAAUCAGCUCUUGUUACACAUCAGAGAAUUCACACAGGGGAGAAGCCAUUUUCAUGUUCAGAAUGUGGUGAAUGUUUUAAGCAGGAAUCACAUCUUGUUGUACAUCAGAGAAAUCACACAGGAGAGAAGCCAUUUUCAUGUUCAGAAUGUGGGAAAUGUUUUAAACAAAAAUCAGCUCUUGUUGCACAUCUGAGAAAUCACACAGGAGAGAAGCCAUUUUCAUGUUCAGAAUGUGGGAAAUGUUUUAAGCAUAAAUCAGCUCUUGUUGCACAUCUGAGAAAUCACACAGGAGAGAAGCCAUUUUCAUGUUCAGAAUGUGGGAAAUCCUUUUUAGUGCCGAAAACUUUUGUUGCACAUCUGAGAAUUCACACAGGGGAGAAGCCCUUCUCAUGUUCAGAAUGUGGGAUUUUUUUCCCCCAGAAACAAGCUCUUAUUGUACAUCAGAGAAUUCACACAGGGGAGAAGCCAUUUUCAUGUUCAGAAUGUGGGAAAGGUUAUCCCUCCAAUUCAUCUCUUCGUAAACAUCAGAAAAAGCACGCAGUGGAGAAGCCAUUUUCAUGUUCAGAAUGUGGGAAAUGUUUUAAGAUGAAAUCAGGUCUUGUUGUACAUCAGAGAAAUCACACAGGGGAGAAGCCUUUUUCAUGUUCAGAAUGUGGGAAAAAUUUUAAACAAAAAUCACACCUUGUUUCACAUAAGAGAAAUCACACAGGGGAGAAGCCAUUUUCAUGUUCAGAAUGUGGGAAAUGUUUUAAGCAGAAAUCAGCUCUUGUUGAACAUCAGAGAAAUCACACAGGGGAUAAGCCAUUUUCAUGUUCAGAAUGUGGGAAAUGUUUUAAGCAGAAAUCAGCUCUUGUUGACCAUCAGAGAAAUCACACAGGGGAUAAGCCAUUUUCAUGUUCAGAAUGUGGGAAAUGUUUUAACCAUAAAUCAGCUCUUGUUAUACAUCAGAGAAUUCACACAGGAGAAAAGCCAUUUUCAUGUUCAGAAUGUGAGAAAUGUUUUACCAAUACAUCAUCUCUUUUUAAACAUCAGAUAAUUCACACAGGGGAGAAGCCAUUUUCAUGUUCAGAAUGUGGGAAAUGUUUUAACCGCAAAUCAACUCUUGUUAUACAUCUGAGAAUUCACACAGGGGAGAAGCCAUUUUCAUGUUCAGAAUGUGAUAUGUGUUUCUACCAUAAAUCAUUUCUUGUUAAACAUCAAAAAACCCACAUAUAAGAGAAGCCAUCUUCAUGCUUAGCCCAUUAGUGACCUCCCUUAUGUGUUUUUAUGGUGGUCACGAACUGGCUUUAUUCCUUCAGAUACUCCUUUUUACAGGGAGAUAAAACAGUGCCUUGCUUUCAGCUACGAGUGGUAGCUGAGGGCUUGGAACGAUGAUUGGGACCUCUGUGAGAGCUCCCCAAACAAACAGUCUCCUGUAUUGAAAGAAUAUUGGUAAUCAAAGGACAGAUCCAGUUAAA